AGGAUGCUUCAUGUGUGAAAGAGAAAGAAAGCAAAGCAAUCGUUCGGAGAAUGUAGCUGAGGAAACUUCGCCAGUUUAAUUUGUUAAACGCGAAAAUUACAGGCUUGCAUUGCAGAAAAUGCAACUAGUGGAGAGAUGAGCACGCUAGGGAGCAUUUAGUUCCUGUAUUAGCGAACAAGCAACUUGGUCGUGGUUUAGCAUCGCAUCAUCUAAUGUGAAGAAGUUACAAAGUGAAAACUCCAGUUUGCGACGUCUGCAACUAUUCUGAAGACGUAUCCACAUCUUCAGAUUAAUGCGAUUAACAGCUUCCGAUGAGGACCAAGCAUUGUGUGUGUGUGUGGUUUUCCAUCUCUACAAGGCACCGGUCAGCAGGCUGAACAAGGUCGCAGUUUCUUCGCAAUCCGAAAGCCCCGGACAAUGGCCCUCGAUUGACAUAAAAGUGUUUCUAGGCGCGGCUAGGUUGGUUCCGUGCUGUGGAACCAAUUGGUGGGAAAUCGCGCCCUAGUCUUUUUAGAUGGAUUGUAACAUUGUGAUGCAUUUGCGGGAAAACUUCCCAAUCAACAAUGUAAAACAACAACAGUCCCGGUGCAAAGCAAAACAUAGAACCACGAUCGGGAACGUUCGCCGGAGCGGCUAGUUUCUUCGUGAUUGUAGUGGUGUGUUCAACAACGGGUUUGAAGAGAACGAAAGGCGAGAGAGUUGGAUGGCUUGGCGCUCUAGUGUGUAUUUAACUCGCGUUGUAGGCAGGCGUUCCUCGGACGUGUAUAGCUUUCUCGAAGUGACGGUCUAGAGUCCAAUUCUACAGAAUUCGUGGCUUACCUGCCAAAAGCUGUUACUGGACUGCAUGAACAGCAUAGAACAGUAACAGAAAUGGCCGGGCUUCUUAGGGUUAGCGGUCUGCAUCCCGCCGACGUGGUGGAAAACCCGAACCAAAAUUAUACCUCGUCCGAAAGUGAAUAUGGUAACAGAUUCGGGUGCUGCCGGCUGUGCUGUCACGAUGAAACCACUCUACGCGGGUUGUUUCCGCGCGGCUAUAAAGAUGAGGUUCUCUUGCGGAAAAUUUUCGAAUGCACGACUGUACAGAUCUCGUACAGCGAAGAUUCGGAUGCCUUGAUAUGCCAUGGGUGUGUGGGCAAAAUAGACGAGUUCUAUCAGUUUCGAGAACAAUGUCGUACCAACGAUGUACUGCAAAGGAACUGGAAGCGUCGCAUGAAUCGGAGCAUGGAAGCCUCUCGGUCCACACUGAUCCCGGUGAACGAUAUCAAGCACGAGCAGGACAUUGAAUACGAUUACUGUGACAUCGAUAUUGACGAUGAUCAGGAAGAUCCUGCGCGGUUCCAGACGAACAGCGGGCUGGAAGAGCCCGCAAUGGGAGAGGAGUCGCUUCCUGGCCCAACUAUGCUACUGGAUUCAUCGAUCUCGCAAGAGCAGGAGGACGGCACGCAUUGUGGUGUUCGCGUGAAGCAAGAACCGGACGAUGAAGAAAUCGACGACACGAUGUACGUGUGGAACGAGGAAGAAUCACUUCCGACUGAGAAGCAACCGGCCACUCCCACCCUGUUGCCUAUCAUCGAGAACGCCUUCAGUACCGCACCGGAGAGCCCUUUCAGCGAUGCCGUUGCGAAACACCGCCACAUCCAGUGCGCCAGUGGUCAGGUGUACCUGUUCCGGGAAGGAUACCUGUACCUACGCAAACCGUCUGGCUCGGGGAACCCUGCCGGCUGCGGCACCAGUACCGGUGCCAGCGGGUCUGGCUGGCGCUGCCGAAAGUUUGACUGUGACGCUGCGCUGCACCGAAACCGUGCCCGGCAAAUUGUGUCGAACGGCAUCCGCCAUAACCACACCCGAGAACAGCAACCGACCGCUACCGACGCCGAAGUGCUGGCGUUUCUCGGGGAGUCGACACCGAAAUCGCAGUUCCUCAAGCCAUUCGUGGUGUCGCGGAACGCAUGGAAACCGACCACCUUUCGGUACGUGAAAAACGUCCGAAAUGGAAGGUCGAUCGUUCACGACGGGUACCGGUACAGCAAGAAGCACGCCCGGGCGGAUGGCACGUCGUUCUGGAAGUGUCGCCUGAACGGUGGCACUUGCGCGGCCGGUUUGUUCCUUACGCCGAGAAAUACGAUCCGCAUUACCGGGUGCCACAACCACAAACGGCACCUCGGGAGGGAGCCAAGGAGGAAGCUAAAGUCUCACCUCGAGUAUGGUGCAGAAGAGGAGAACGGUGCGGAUGAUGCGGAGAACGAGGAGUCACCGAAGCUGGAGCCGGUCGAAAACGAUGCGCAGGACACGGAAGAGAUCAGCUUGAGUGACUACUUGAGCACGCACAUGGAAGAGAGCGAUCCUUCGCAAAUGCAGGCCACCACCAGCAGCACUGGCGACUUUGCACGGGAGCCCACCGCCGGCAGCAGUGGAGCGGCGGCGGCGGCAAAUAAGGGUGGAGCGGCGGCUCCGGGCACUUUGCGGCUGGGUUUUAACUUCCAGAUUGUGCGCAACGUGAACCAGAAGCUGCGUCUGCUCUUUGACGGCCAUCUGUACGUGAAGGAACAUCAGCGGACCGACGGUGCAAUCGUUUGGCGCUGCCGGAGGAACUACGACAAGUGUAGUGUGCUGGCGGUCCAACACCAAGCCGGCUGGGUGGAGAUCUUGGGAGAGCAUUCGCACGACCACCUGCAGGAACGCCGUUCGAAUAUACUGGUGGAACCAUCGGGAACGUUCGCUUACCGGCUCGUGAAGACGGCGCACAACCUGGAGCAGCUCAUCUACGAUGGGCAUCGGUACCAGAAGGCGGUCACCAAGGGCGACGGGUCGACCGUGUGGCGGUGUGUCCGCCGGUCUACCAACUGCAAGGAAUCGGUCGUUUUGUCGGCGGACGGCAAGGUGUACGAGAUGGAGUCGCAGAACCAUCCCCACAAGCCCUCGGAACUGCCGAUUCCGGAUCGGAUGGUCGAGGAGAACCGACGGCGGCACGCACAGGCCCCGCACGCGGCCCUGAAAGUGACUGUGGCCGGACAGAAGUGCACGUUUCGCAAACAGAUCACAACCAAACCGCGCCCCAUCCCGAUCGGACACGUGACUCGCGUGCCGAUGGAAAUGCAGCGCCAGUACUCGUACCGCAUCGGGAACACCGCCAAGGGUUACGAAUCUCUGAAACACGGCGGCUACCGGUACUGCAAGAGCCGCGUCCGUGCGGAUGGGACCAUCAAGUGGUUGUGCAAGAUGAACAACAAAACGUGUGGUGCCUGGUUCAAUAUGGAGCCUGACGGAAGCAUUCCAUCGAUCGGCAGCGUAACGCACAAUCACCUCCCGUCGGAGGAAGAUGUGGUGCCGGUGCAACGGACGCCUAAGGCGAGAGCACUGUCGGACGCGGCGGACACGAAGGAGUACCCGAUCGACGAGCGGACGUUCGCCAAAAGUGAGUGGUACUUUGUGAAGAACAUUAAGAAUGGCAGCACUUUGAUCCAUGCCGGGUAUCGGUACACGAAGAAGGGCGAACGGGUGGACAAAUCGUCGCUGUGGCGGUGUGCAUUUUUUACACGAAAGUGCCGCGCCGGCAUUAUACUGUUCCCGAACGAAACGAUCGCCAAAGCGGACCAAAGCGAACACGUUCAUCCGCCCGUGGAUAUGGAUAAUGUCGAGCAGGAGUGCGAAACGGCGGACAUGGAGGACGAAGGAGCAGAAGAGGAUGAGGAGGACUCGGGGGAGGACUCGGAGGAUGAGGAGGAACAAGAAGAAGAAGUGGUAGACAUUGGCGCCGACACGUUCGAUCUGUCUGGAGGCAUCAACGAAGACGCCGAUCCGGAGACGAUGAUGCGCUCGCUGCUCAGCACGUCGCUCGGUGUCGGAGACGGCGAUCCGAAAACGGACAGCGAUCCGAUCUUCCUCUCGAAGGAGGAAGCGGGCUACCGGUUGGUGAAGAACCGGCGCCAAACGAACAGUCUGCUGUUCCGGGGCUACCGAUACUCGCUCCAGGGUAGCCGGGCAAACGGCAGUGUCGUGUGGAUGUGUCAGAUGAACAACAAAACGUGCCGGGCAUCGAUCCGGAUCCACCCGGACGACCGGAUUGAGCUCGUUAACGUGCAGCACAACCACGGAAUGCUCGAAGAGGACAUCGAAAGCUACGAAGAGCAGCAAGCACCAGACGGCGACGACGGCGCACAGUAUUACUACAGCAUGAAUCGGUGCAAUCGCCGAUGCGUCAUCUACGACCGCUGUCGGUACGGCAAUCCGACCAAGCGCGUCGAUGGGAGUUGCGUGUGGCGCUGCGCCAUGAGCGCUGGCACGUGCCUGGCCAGCGUGCUCAUCGAGGCCGAUGGUACGCUGACCAAGCGUGCGGACUUUUACCACAACCACCAACCGCUGACCGAACUUCCGGCGCGGGUAUCUGGUCCGAUGACGGCGACCGCGAAGGGAGUGGCACCUUUGGUGAGACCAAAGGAACCGUGGAACAGUGCCAAGGCGGUGAUUAAGGGGAACAUCCUUAGCUGGAAGCAGUACCGCUAUCGAAAGCACGCGACACUACCGGACGGGACGGUGCUGUGGGCUUGCGCCACUUCCGACGCGUGCAUGGGCAGAGCGAAGGUUGUGGUGCAGGGCAACCAGAUGAGAAUACAGAGUUCGCGCAGCCACAACCACGACCCAGUGCUACCGGUCGGCGGCGGAGGCGGGCCACAACCAUCGGCAACGAGAGUGACAAAGCGCGAAACUCCCUACACACCGUACCGACGAUCUAACGGAAGAGUGGCCCUCGUUUACGAACAGAAUCGGUACGAGGUGCAAGGCCGCCGUAAGGAUGGCGUCACGUAUUGGUCGUGCCGCGGAACGAAAGUGCCCUGCCCCGUACUCAUCUUCGUUAACGCGGACGGUGAGAUAACGAAGGUCAACGAUGCUGAACAUACGCACGCUCCGACCGAUGCAGUGAUCGCGCCAGACAUGGAACUCCUCCAGCUAGACGGCCAACAAUCGUGGGACGAUUUCAUCCAGGACUACUUGAAGAAGCCACUGCCACUGUCCGGUUCGGGCAGUGACGAUCCCGACGCGCUUCAGAAACUGCCGAAUAACGUGCUCCGGUACCGUAACUACGUGUACCGGCUCGCCCUAACCCGGGACGAUGGCAUCGAGUACUGGCGCUGCUUUCGGUACCAAUCGGACGAGUGCCGUAGUAUGCUGCACUGCCGCAACAACGGCACGGAGUUGGUGGACAACCGGAACAAUGGCAUGCGGCACAAUCACGACCGUGAGGCGCUGCACGGAUCGAUACCACCGCUCGAGGCGGCGGAUGAAGACCACAACGUUUGUUCGCUCAAACUCCGCCAAGGCGAAACGUACUCCAGCUUCGGUACGUACGGGAUAAUGCGGCGACGUGGUGGUACGAAAUCGCUCGUCCACCGCGAUCGACGGUACUACCUGGCGUACACGCUGACCGACGGCGUAACCGUGUGGCGGUGCGCCCAACGCAAGCGCUGUAAAUGCCUGGCCGUGAUAAGGGUCGGAACCAAUGGCGAGAUGCUAAGGACCGAUGAGCAUCGUCACAAUCAUCCGGUUGAGAAAACGGAUAUCGCCGACAGCCCCACUGGCGAAGAUGAACCGGUGAAGACGAAGGAGCGAAGGAGCCCUGAAUUCACCCCCGUCAGGCCGACGACCGUACCGAACCGUUCGAGGGGCCGAAUGCUCGAAUCAAACGGAACGCGUCACUUUACGUACGAGGGCCGACACGGAAGGACGGUAGUCUGCGAAGGGUACCGGUACUGCUGCACCUGGCAGCGGAAGGACGGAACCGGGUUCUAUCGGUGCCUCGGGUACGGUACCCAUGCCUGUCCGAUGAAGGUGAAGGUUUGCCCGAACGGAAAGCUGUACCCACACCGUGGUGACCGCCAUUCGCACUCCGUUCCGGAGAGCUCGAGGCGGAAUUCUGGCUUCACCGUGGCCAGCAUCCCGGAACAGAAACCCGCUGCACUACUACCACCACCACCACCAGCACCAGCACCACCAGCACCAGCACCAGCACCAUUAGCAUCGCCGCGGCGAGAAAGAAGAAGUGUCGGUUCGUGGAAGAUGGAUGCGCGCGCGUGCAAAAAUUACCGGAUCGUCCCGACACUCCGGGGAACGAUGCUGCAGCACGAGGGUUUCGAGUACUGGACGCAUAGCCGGCUGGCGGAUGGGUCGGUAACGUACCGCUGUCGGCUACAGUUCAAGCAAAAAUGUCUGGCGUCGGUGCACCUGGAAAAACCUUCAAAGUUGCUGUACGUGCGCAGCGAUAUGAGUCACAAUCAUCGCGAGACCGAUGAGAGCUAUGUCGCUGCUACGAAAGCUGAAAGUGACCAGUCGAAGCAGUGUCCAGCAGUGCCGGACGAGGCCCUGCUGCCGAAAGAAUCGUCACCGCCGGUGGAGGAGUGCACCAACGGCGAGGAACUCGAGGGAAGCGCAGUGGAGCAAGCGGAUGAAGCGGACGAUGACGAUGACAAAGAUGGUAACAAAGCGAGUGACCAGGAUGAGGGUGAAGAGGGUGUGCAGGCGGCCAACAACGCGGUUGACAACGCGGCCGAUCGCGAGAGUGGCCACGCCGGGGAAAGCCAUGUCGUAACCAAAAAGUAUACAUUCGGCAAGAUGGCACCGCACAAGCGUUACCUGGUCCACGAUAAGCACCUGUACGAGUACGAGGCCGACCAGCCGGACGGGAGCAAAAGGUACUCCUGCCACAUGAAAGCGGUCUGCGAGUGCAGCGCGUCGGUCGUGCUGCUGAUUCCGUCCGCCCGGCUGCAGGUUCCGCUACGGCUUGUCCACGAGCACGAUCCACCGGUCGCGGACUACAUGAAGGACGUGAAGAUCAUUGGCCGCGGCUCGAAGGAUUUUAAGAUCAUCGAAUCUAAAAACGGCACCAAGAUGCUGCUGUUCCGCGGGGAGCGCUAUCAGGCUCCGCGCCCGAAAUUGGACGGAUCCGUCUCCUGGUACUGCCACGAGCUGACGUCGAAGGGCAGGAAGUGCUACUUGCUGCAGGAACUACUACCGAACGGUCGGGCGGCCCCGUCCAGCGAGCGGACUCAUGAUCACGUGUCGUUCGCCGAGAUGCAAGCAGGGGUGGAGCGUGCCGUCGAAGCACCUCCACCGAAGGCCGCCGCCGCCGCCGCGGACUCGGCGAAGGCACCCCCAACCCACACGAAAAUGCUGCGGAACGGUGGGUUCUGGUACGAGUUUGGGCGCGAAUGUCGUGACGGGUCGGUGCUGUGGCUUUGCCGGCGCAAAAACAGCUGUGAGGCCUCCGUUUACCGCCUCCCGGAUGGCCGGAUUCUGAAGGGCCUCAAGGCGGAACAUACGCACUUGCCGGACGACAUUACGCGAGAAUCCACCGUCAAGGCGACGGAAUCGGCAGGCGCGUCGAAGAACACUUCCGCCGGCUCGACGUCCAAAUCGCUCCUCAAGGUGAAACCGUCGUCAAAGAAAGCCGAAGGAAGGCUUUGGCACGCCGGGAAUCGCUUUUGGUUCUACUACAUGCGUAACGACGGCAUCGAGCACUGGCGGUGCAGCAAACGGCAAACGCUUGGCUGCCGUGCCGGUAUCAUUCGGACUCCGGACGGGUCCGUGGAACCGUACAAAAAAAUCCCUCACUCGCACUCUCUCGAACAGGAGGAUGCUCAGGGGGGAGAGAAACCGCCACCCGCACAGUCCAUCGCCGUCAAAGAUGAAGCGAAGGAGCCGGAUUUGGACACCGACUCGACUAUGAAACACUUUAUUGAGUACCAGAACCAUCGGCUGUUCCGCCGCUACUUGCCAGAGACCGGGAAGGUGGUGUACGAGUGUCCUCGAGCACAUUGUAACUUCAAUGUAACACUUUCGGAAGGUGACAACAAGGUGGUACAGGCGAAGGGUACAGAGCACAGUUGUUCGAGGCAAAGUUCGAACAAUUUACCGAGCAACUGGAAAGAGUCGAAUCAGGAGACGGAGCCACCGGAGCUGGUGGGAUUGUCGUCGAGCAAAGCUAAUGACGACGGUGGUGCGCAGAAUAAGGAAUCGGAUCGGGACCGAACGCCCGUUGAUUCCGCCGCAAAACGGAUCCGUCUGGACGCGAACCUCACCAAGGAGGAGCCCAAGGAGGAACCCAAGGAAAAGAAAGAGUUCGGUGGACAGGAAAGGGUCACGGAAGAAGAAGACAGUUCCGUUGCAGGCGAGCACCGCGAGACGCAUGCAAGCAGUAGUACUAACAGUCAGGCUGGUGAAGCCAUGGAGUCGGACGAACCAGGUGGUGCGGGUGAAGAAUUGUCACCACCUAAGGACACCCGUGACCCGGUAGAGAACUGUGCAGAAAAUGGCUUUCCCAGUGAUCAGCUGGAGCAAAUCUCCGAGGAUUCACUGGACGAUAUGAUCAUCGAAGAACAGUUUGUGGAUGCCGAGGAACUGAUAGAAUUUUCGGACGUGACGCCAGCAGCAGCAGUGAUAGAAGACGAGACAGUUGCUACCGAAGGUGGUGCUGGUUCUGGGGAAUCUACACGUGUGCACCCCAUUGCCGACGAGCGGGACAGUGAAUGAUGCAUCACCAUGGUGGCCGAGUGAGUAGUUUUCCAUCUGUAACGAAACCGUCGAUUCAGCAAAACUUCAAAAGUUGGGCUUUAACCCAUUCCCCGAGGAUGGAAAGCAGGAAAAUGCCACCUUUUACACUGGGUUGGUUGGUUGGUCAGUAGUAGUGGACCAACCCAACGGUGGUGGUGGUAUCAUUCUGGAAAGAAGAUGACCACAGAAAUUGUAUCAUUUAUGACCGUCGUCGUCGGAUCGCAACCUCGGUCGCAUUACGUUACGUAUAAGAGUAGGAAUUAAUCAAUGGACAAUUCUUUAACGAUGUAUGCAUUGCAUGUUACUAGUAAGCAAAAUGCCAAUUGCUAAAUUUACACAAUAAAAA